AUGGAGGUGGAUGCAGACGAGAAGCGCCAUCGCACACGCUCCAAAGGUGUUCGAGUUCCCGUGGAACCAGCCAUACAAGAGCUGUUCAGCUGUCCCACGCCUGGCUGUGAUGGCAGUGGUCAUGUUAGUGGCAAAUAUGCAAGGCACAGAAGUGUUUAUGGCUGUCCUUUGGCAAAAAAACGAAAAACGCAAGAUAAGCAACCACAAGAACCAGCUCCCAAAAGAAAACCCUUUGUGGUUAAAGCAGACAACUCCUCAGUAGAUGAGUGCUAUGAAACUGAUGGAACAGAGGAGAUGGAUGAAAAGGAAGAGGAAGAGGAGGAAGAAGAUGAAGAAGAGGAGGAAUAUUCUGAUGACAAUGAGGAGCAAGGUGAUGAGGAGGAGGAAGACGAGGAGAUAGAUCGAGAAGAAGAAGAGGAGAUUGAAGAGGAAGAAGAGGAGGAUGAAGAGGAAGGCGAAGAUGUGGAGGAUGAAGAGGAGGAGGAAGAAGAGGAGGAGGAAGAAGAAGAGGAGGAGGAAGAACAAGACCAUCAAAUGAAUUGUCACAAUACUCGAAUAAUGCAAGACACAGAAAAAGACGAUAACAAUAAUGAUGAGUAUGAUAAUUACGAUGAACUGGUGGCCAAGUCAUUGUUAAAUCUUGGCAAAAUUGCUGAGGAUGCAGCAUACAGAGCCAGGACAGAAUCAGAAAUGAACAGCAAUACAUCUAAUAGUCUGGAAGAUGAUAGUGACAAAAAUGAAAAUAUUGGUCGGAAAAGUGAGCUGAGUUUAGAUUUAGACAGCGAUGUUGUUAGGGAAACAGUGGACUCCCUUAAAUUACUAGCACAAGGACAUGGUGUAGUGCUAUCAGAAAACAUUAAUGACAGAAAUUAUGCAGACAAUACUUCACAGCAAGAUAAUAGGAAUAUGAACUUUGUAAUGCUAGGGAAGCCUGUGAACAAUGGACUUACGGAAAAAAUGGUGGAGGAGAGUGAUGAAGAGGUGUGUCUCAGCAGUUUGGAGUGCUUAAGGAACCAGUGUUUUGAUCUGGCUAGGAAACUCAGUGAGACAAACCCACAGGAAAGAAAUCAACAGCAAAACAUGAACACUCGUCAGCAUGUCAGGCAAGAAGAUGACUUCCAAGGAAGAACACCAGACCGGAAUUACUCUGAUAUGAUGAACCUAAUGAGGCUUGAAGAACAGUUGAGCCCCAGAUCUAGGACUUUUUCUAGCUGUGCAAAGGAGGAUGGUUGUCAUGAAAGAGACGAUGAUACCACCUCUAUUACUUCAGAUAGGUCUGAAGAAGUGUUUGAUAUGACAAAAGGUAACUUAACCCUUCUUGAGAAAGCAAUUGCUUUGGAAACUGAGAGAGCAAAAGCCAUGAGAGAAAAAAUGGCAGUGGAAGCUGGAAGGAGGGAUAAUAUGAGAUCAUUUGAGGAACAGUCUCCAAGACAACUUUCUGGGGAUGACAGGAAGCCUAAACCCAGUGACGGCCAUGUCAAAAAGCCAUAUUAUGGUAAAGAUCCCUCAAGAACAGAAAAGAAAGAGAGCAAAUGUCCUACCCCUGGGUGUGAUGGAACUGGCCAUGUAACGGGGCUUUACCCCCAUCACCGCAGUUUGUCAGGAUGCCCACACAAAGAUAGGGUCCCUCCAGAAAUUCUUGCCAUGCAUGAAAAUGUUCUUAAGUGUCCUACACCAGGCUGCACAGGCCGGGGCCACGUAAAUAGCAACAGGAAUUCCCACCGAAGCCUCUCUGGAUGUCCUAUUGCUGCAGCAGAGAAACUGGCUAAAGCUCAAGAGAAGCAUCAGAACUGUGAUGUGUCAAAAUCAAACCAGGCAUCAGAUCGGGUUUUAAGGCCCAUGUGCUUUGUUAAGCAAUUGGAGAUCCCUCAGUAUGGCUACAGAAACAAUGUCCCCACCACCACACCCCGCUCCAACUUGGCCAAGGAACUAGAGAAAUACUCUAAGACUACGUUUGAAUAUAACAGUUAUGACAACCAUGCCUAUGGCAAGAGAGCCAUAGCUCCCAAGGUGCAAUCCAGAGAUAUAUCCCCCAAAGGAUAUGAUGCUAAACGUUACUGUAAGAAUUCAAGUCCAACCAGCAGCACAACAAGCAGUUAUGCCCCUAGCAGCAGCAGCAAUAUGAGUUGUGGUGGAGGCAGCAGUGCCAGCAGUACCUGCAGCAAGAGCAGCUUUGACUAUACUCAUGACAUGGAGGCAGCGCACAUGGCUGCUACUGCUAUUCUGAAUCUCUCAACCCGCUGCAGGGAGAUGCCUCAGAACCUCUCCACUAAGCCUCAGGAUCUCUGUGCGAGGAAUCCUGAUAUGGAAGUCGAUGAAAAUGGGACCUUGGAUCUGAGCAUGAAUAAGCAGAGGCAGCGAGAUGGUUGCUGUACCAUUUUGACACCACUGGAGCCAAUGUCACCACAACGGCAAGCUGUGAUGAAUAACCGGUGUUACCAACUGAAUGAGGGUGACUGCUGGGACUUGCCAGUGGACUACACUAAAAUGAAGCCCAGUAGGAUAGACGAAGAUGAUUCCAAAGAGAUUAAUCCAGAAGAUUUGGAUCCUUUCCAAGAGGCCCUUGAAGAAAGAAGGUAUCCUGGUGAAGUAACAAUCCCAAGUCCUAAACCCAAAUACCCUCAAUGCAAAGAGAGCAAAAAGGAUUUAAUAACUUUAUCUGGCUGUCCCUUGGCUGACAAAAGCAUUCGAAGUAUGCUGGCCACAAGCUCACAAGAACUCAAGUGUCCCACCCCUGGGUGUGAUGGCUCUGGGCAUAUUACUGGAAAUUAUGCUUCACAUCGAAGUCUUUCAGGCUGUCCGCGAGCGAAGAAAAGUGGAAUCAGGAUAGCACAAAGCAAGGAAGACAAAGAAGACCAAGAACCUAUUAGAUGUCCAGUUCCUGGUUGUGAUGGUCAGGGUCAUAUAACUGGAAAAUAUGCAUCCCAUCGCAGUGCAUCAGGGUGUCCUCUAGCUGCCAAAAGGCAAAAGGAUGGGUACCUAAAUGGCUCACAGUUCUCCUGGAAAUCAGUGAAGACGGAAGGAAUGUCAUGUCCAACCCCAGGAUGUGAUGGCUCAGGACAUGUCAGUGGUAGUUUUCUGACUCAUCGUAGUUUAUCAGGAUGCCCCAGAGCUACUUCAGCAAUGAAGAAAGCAAAGCUGUCUGGAGAACAAAUGUUAACAAUAAAGCAGCGGGCCAGUAAUGGUAUAGAAAAUGAUGAAGAAAUUAAACAGUUAGAUGAAGAAAUCAAGGAACUAAAUGAAUCCAACUCCCAGAUGGAAGCUGAUAUGAUUAAACUCAGAACUCAGAUUACCACAAUGGAGAGCAACCUGAAGACGAUAGAAGAGGAGAACAAAGUAAUUGAACAGCAAAAUGAGUCUCUUCUUCAUGAAUUGGCCAAUUUAAGCCAGUCUUUAAUUCAUAGUCUAGCUAAUAUCCAGCUGCCACAUAUGGAACCAAUCAAUGAACAAAAUUUUGAUGCUUACGUGACCACUUUGACGGACAUGUAUACAAAUCAAGAUCGUUAUCAGAGUCCAGAAAAUAAAGCCCUACUGGAAAAUAUAAAGCAGGCUGUGAGAGGAAUUCAGGUCUGAACAGCUGCUAUAGUGGUGAAAGUCUUGCUUAAAAAAAGGAUGCCUCUUGUUUUUUGCUGCUGUAAUUUACCAGAAAGUGUUAUAUAUUUAUUUCUGUUUGAAACAGUGUUAUGCUUACAAGACUUCAUAAUGAUUUUAUGUCUUGCUUUAAAGAUAGUAACUGCAGAAUAGUUUUUUGAAUACAUUCACAUUUUGUACGUUUUCAUAUAAGCUGACAUAGUGUGAUAUGCCAUGUAAUGUUUAUAGCU